CUUGGAUGACCUUCAGGUGUACGUGAUAAUUGGGCCAAAAAAAGGAUCACAAUAAAAUAUUUUAAAGGUUAGUCAUUUCUUCUUAAAACAACACCGCACCCCAGACAAACUAUCAAUCGGGUUUUGUCCCGAAAGAUUCCAAAAUUUCCAUUACGUGCCCCGGGUGAAAUUGUUUUCAAAUAACGCCUGUUGACGAAUCUGAAGACAACAUACACCCAAAUGCUUGGGCAUAUCUUCUUCCACUGCCCCAGAGCCACCAGCGACACCAACCAGCUAGUCCAGUCCCCCCCCCCCUGGCGCUGGCAAACAAUCGCCACCAAAUGCACGUACCGCACGGUGGUACACUCGAGGACGCCGAAAACCAAAACUAACCCCCAUCCGAAUACGUACGUGCAGCUGCCAACUCCGCCCUGGUAUAUAUGGACUGGUGAGUGCUUCUUCAGCUAUCAGUUCUCUGAGGACAGUACCACAACAGUCCCCCAAAAGCAGCGUUCCAGCGCGUUUGUUCUUCGUUGCGGAUCACGGGUUUGUGUUGGCGCUGGGGAUAAACGAACGCACAGAAUACGAUGAGUUGCCGCGUGACGGGGCUACCGCUUGCCCUGCUGUUUGUGCUGGUGUCCGCGCUCGCUAGCACGGACGAUCUCGAGUACUGCAACAUCGUGUACCGGAUCAAUGGCAAUUCGAUCGACUUUCCCUGCCUUUCGACCAAGAAUAUCUACAUCUCGGCGCAUCGCUACCAGCCACGCAAUGUGAUGCCGGUGCGGUGCCAGUACGACAAUCAACGUAUGCUAAUAGCCCUGCCAAGAUUGCGCUCGGGCGUUCCUACCACGCUCGGGCAGAUCGAUCUGAACAAACCGAACUGCUACGCGCACAUUAAGCCGUACCCUUGCUGGGCCUAUCAGGAGGAGGGCAAUUGCAACUCGCUCCAAUCCGUCAUCGAUCUGUACGUGGAUGUGAAGCGCAUCGCGUGGGUGCUGGACUCGGGCAUCACCAACUUCCUGGAGCAACCGAUCAAGCGCUGCCCGCCGAAGGUGUAUGCCUUCAACUUGAGCAACGACAAGACGGUCAAGACGAUCGAUCUGUCGGAGAUUGUGAAAUCCAGCUCGCGGCUCCAGUAUCUCGUCACUGAUUACAACGAGCUCGGCCAUCCGUUUGUCUACAUUUCCGAUGGCGAUGGUGCAAUCAUUGUGCUGGACGUGAACAACAACAAGAGCUUCCGCGUGGUGCUACCGCGUGCCAUCUCGGCUGGCUGUGGCGACUCGGAUGUGCUCUACCUGCUGCUCAUCCCGAAACCGAAGGGCCAGAGCCUGGUGAUCUUCAGCUAUCUGUGCGGCCAGAAGGUUUACUCGAUCAAGUCGGAACAUCUGCGCAGCGGCAAGGGUUCGAGCGCAAUCGUCGAGCUCGGCACCAAGCGCAAACACUCCGUCAUGCUCGGCACGGACGGGGGCAAGGGGGUGGUGCUGCGAUACCGCGGCGAGGCCGAACUGUACCUUUGGGACAGCGAUCAGCCGUACAGGGAGUGUAACUUUGAGCUGAUUCAGAACGCGGACGAGUGCCGGCUGUCGACGCACGUGGUCGUGGGCAAGAACGAGCAUCUGCUGUCGCUGUCGUCGAACUUGAGCGAUUUUCUCAACAACACGUGCGGCGUUGGUGGCGCCUCGUCCCGGUUGAAGUACGUUUGCAAGGAGUGUGACGAUGAUUGUUACUAAGCAUCUCUCAUCGGGGAGGGACUGACGCACUACUGACUACACGACUGCGGACACUGAGACACAAACCU